CACACUUCGGCUACUUCCUGGAUGGCGGAAUGCGCCUCCCAGCGCCGCUCCUGCUGCUGCUCCGACUCUGCCGUCUCUCCUUCUUCUUCUUCUUCUUUUUGCGCUGCUCUGGCGUGAAGAGCACCAACAGAAAGAGAAGCGUCGCGCGCUCGACCCCGCACGAGCCGCCAAUUCCAUCUCGUCCAUUCCAACAGAUUCCAGCGCUCGCACGCGCGCGCUCGCGCCGUCAUGUAUUAUUAUUUUUUUAAUUUUCAUUUCGUUGCUCGGGACUAACGGCUGCUGCGCGUGAAGGGCUUUAAGAAAAAAGGGGGAAAACGGAAAAAGAGAGCUAGAGAGAAAGAAAGACAGAGAAAAGGAAAGAAAGAAAGAACGAAGAGAGAAGAAAGAAAAAAAAGGGGGAAAAACUGUUUCCUGGACGAAGUUGAGAGAGAAUUCCUGCGGAGCUUCUUUUCCGCCGCAAAAGAAAACAGUUACAGUUUGUUCGGUUUGUUUGCUGCUUAAAACCGGACGUUUUGGGGAUAACCGAAGUGACCAGUUACUCUGUGGCCGGUUGUCGAUGUGCGCGGUGCCAUGCCGAGGCUUCAGCAACCGGGUCGCUGCUGCUGCUGCUGCUGGAUUCUGGCGUUAACGCUGGCAGCCUGCGCGCUCCUCCGGGCCCACGCGCAUCCCGCGCUGUCCGGAGGCGAUCAGGAGGAACGGCAUGGCUGGGCGACCGGCGACAGACACCGCAGAGCUGCUGAUGAACCUUACUGGGCAUACACAGGGACAUAUGGACCAGAGACGGGAUGGUCGUCUGCCUACCCGGAGUGCCAAGAGAGGAACCAAUCGCCGAUCAACAUAGCCGACCAGGAUACCAGGGUCUCACCAGAGUACCAGGAGCUCAUCCUGGACGGCUUCGAAGCAGAAUCGUCGAACAAGACGUCAAUGAAGAACACGGGCAAAACCGUGGCCAUCCUGCUGAAGGACGAUUACUUUGUGCAAGGUGCGGGUCUGCCAGGUCGCUUUAAAGCCGAGAAGGUGGAGUUCCACUGGGGCCAGAGCAAUGGGUCGGAUGGUUCGGAGCACAGCAUCAACGGCAGGAGGUUCCCCGUCGAGAUGCAGAUCUACAUGUACAACUCCGACGACUUCGACAGUCUUAACGCCGCCAUCAGGGAGAAGCGGGUCAUCGCUGCUAUGGCCGUCUUCUUUCAGGCUGGACAGAAGGACAAUCCUGCGUUAGACCCUAUAAUCCACGGCCUGAGAGGAGUCGUGCAUCACGAGAAAGAGACGUUUCUGGAGCCUUUUGUUCUGCGGGACCUGUUGCCAUCCUCGAUCGGGAGUUACUACCGCUACAUCGGCUCUCUCACCACUCCACCCUGCAGUAAAGUAGUAGAGUGGAUCGUCUUCAGCAGACCUGUCUUCCUGUCCUACAGACAGUUGGAGGCGUUCUACUCCAUCUUCACCACCGAGCAGCAGGACCACGUGAAGUCGGUGGAGUACCUGCGCAAUAACGUCCGCCCACUGCAGAGCCUGGACAACCGCGUGUUGUACAAAUCCGCCGUCAAAGACGCCUGGCUGCCGUAUCUGACCGACCCUUAUGGCACAGAGUCCUCCAAAGCCUGCAGCAGUGCUCCAAUCAACAUGCAAGUUCAGCCUCUGAAUAAAACAGCCCUGGUGGUGCGAUGGUCCCGCCCUGAGAUCACCUACGACCCGCCCAUAGUCAGCUACCUCAUCUCAUACAGCUGGACCCGAAACGACGAGGAAUACGAGGAGACCUACGUCAAAGGCAGUGACCAAAAACUGGAGGCCGUUAUCAAACCAGUUUCUCCAGACGUGCUGUAUCUCUUCCGAGUCCAGGCUGUGUGCUUGAACGACAAGCGCAGCGACUUCAGCCAGAGCAUGCUCUUCAGAGCAAAUACCACCAGAAUAUUUGAAGGGACCAGGAUAGUGAAAACAGGAAUGCCCACGGUGUCUCCCGCGUCCUCGGCCGACAUGGCUCCCAUUAGCUCCGGCUCAUCCACCUGGACCUCGUCGGGCCUGCCCUUCUCCUUCGUCUCCAUGGCGACCGGCAUCGGCCCCUCCUCCAGCGGUAGCCAGGCGACCGUGGCGUCCGUUGUAACCAGCACUCUCCUGGCAGGCCUGGGCUUCAGCGGCGGCGUCAUCUCCUCCUUCCCCAGCUCGGCUUGGCCCAGUCUCCGCCCUCCAACUCAAACCCCACCCACCACGGCCGAACAGACUGCCGCUACCCCCACCCCAGAAAACGCCCAGAACCAAGGCGCGGAUGACAACGCCGGAGUGGAGAAACCCACCAAGACGGAAGGCGAGGAGGGGGAGAGGGACGGCGAGGAAGAGGAAGAGAAGGACGAAGAAGAAGACAAAGGCGAAGAAGGCAAACCCGUAAAGAACGCCCCGGACGACGUCCAGACGCAGGUGAACAGUUCGGCAGACCAAGAGCCUCCAACGACAGCGCCCGACUCCACCGCCAAGGAGAAAGGAGGGAGAAGGGACGAGGAGGAGGACAAAGCGGACAGGAGGAGGACAUCCACGGUACCGCCGGACACAUGGACGGGGACGACAGAGGAAGAGGAGGAAGACACUGUGACGCCCAGCACAGAGCCGAUGAUUGUGGGGAAUAACAGUGCGGUGCUCCCUGCCCCAGAAGCCCCUCCUAAGGGUGGGAAGAGCAGCAUGGGGGACAGGAGUCAGUGGCCCUUCUCCUUUCAUACAGAGCGGACGAUAAUCUCCAAUAUGCGCCCGCUUCCCGGUUCAGGCAGGAUGGAGUGGAUCAUUCCCCUAGUAGUGGUGUCGGCUCUGACCUUCCUCUGCCUCAUCCUCCUCCUGGCCGUCCUCGUCUACUGGAGGAUGAACAGAAUGUGUUCUCUCUUGUGUGUACACUACAGAAGGUGUUUUCAGACUGCACAUUUCUACGUGGAGGACAGCAACUCGCCGCGAGUGGUGCCCAACGAGAGCAUUCCAGUCAUCCCCAUCCCCGACGAUAUGGAUGCCAUCCCGGUCAAGCAGUUUAUCAAGCGCAUAUCAGAUCUGUACGCCAACAACCAGCAUGGAUUCUCUGAAGAUUUUGAGGAAGUGCAGCGUUGCACAGCUGAAAUGAAGAUCACAUCAGAACAUUCAAAUCAUCCAGACAACAAGCACAAGAACAGAUACAUCAACAUCGUAGCUUAUGAUCACAGUCGAGUGAAGCUGAGGCCAUUAGCCGGCAAGGACUCCAAACACAGCGACUACAUCAAUGCUAACUACGUGGACGGUUACAACAAGCCCAAGGCGUACAUUGCUGCUCAGGGGCCUCUCAAGUCCACUUUCGAAGACUUCUGGAGGAUGGUGUGGGAGCAGAAUACGGGCAUCAUCGUCAUGAUCACCAACCUGGUGGAGAAAGGACGGAGAAAGUGUGAUCAGUACUGGCCGACGGAGAACAGCGAGGAGUACGGUAACAUCGUGGUGACCUUAAAGAGCAGCAAGGUGCACGCCUGCUACACGGUCCGCCGCUUCACCAUUCGCAACACCAAAGUCAAGAAGGGUCAGAAGGGCAGUGUAAAGAGUCGUCAGAGCGAGAGAACAGUAAUCCAGUAUCAUUACACACAGUGGCCUGACAUGGGCGUUCCUGAGUACACACUGCCCGUGCUCACCUUCGUCAGGAAAUCUUCUGCAGCACAGACAUCUGAGAUGGGCCCAAUGCUCGUCCAUUGCAGUGCCGGCGUGGGCAGAACAGGAACCUAUAUCGUGAUUGACAGCAUGCUGCAGCAGAUUAAGGAUAAGGGCUCCGUCAACGUGCUAGGUUUCCUUAAACACAUACGCACACAGAGGAACUACCUGGUUCAGACGGAGGAGCAGUAUGUUUUUAUCCAUGAUGCCUUGUUGGAGGCCAUUCUGGGGAAGGAGACGGAGGUUUUGUCGAGUCAGCUGCACAGUUACGUCAACAGCAUUCUGACCCCUAGCCGGAGCGGCAAAACACGCCUCGAGAAACAGUUCAAGCUGGUGACUCAGUGUAACGCCAGGUUUGCAGAGUGUUUCAGCGCGCAGAAAGACUGCAACAAGGAAAAGAACCGCAACUCCUCUGUCGUUCCAUCGGAGAGAGCGCGUGUCGGCCUGGCUCCACUUCCUGGAAUGAAAGGCACCGAUUACAUCAAUGCCUCUUACAUCAUGGGUUACUACCGCAGCAACGAGUUCAUCAUUACCCAGCAUCCUCUGCCCCACACCACUAAAGACUUCUGGAGGAUGAUCUGGGACCAUAACGCGCAAAUCAUCGUCAUGCUUCCCGACAACCAGGGGCUGGCUGAAGAUGAGUUUGUUUACUGGCCGAGUCGAGAGGAAGCCAUGAAUUGUGAAGCCUUCACUGUCACGCUCAUUAGCAAAGACAGACUCUGCUUGUCCAACGAGGAGCAGAUUAUCAUUCAUGACUUUAUCCUGGAGGCUACACAGGACGACUAUGUGCUGGAGGUACGCCACUUUCAGUGCCCAAAAUGGCCCAACCCGGACGCGCCCAUCAGCAGUACGUUCGAGCUCAUCAACAUCAUUAAGGAAGAGGCCAUGACACGGGACGGACCCACUAUAGUGCACGAUGAGUACGGAGCAGUAUCAGCUGGUAUGUUCUGUGCCCUUACCACUCUGAGUCAGCAGCUGGAGAGCGAGAACGCAGUCGGCGUCUAUCAGGUGGCCAAGAUGAUCAACCUGAUGAGACCUGGCGUCUUCACCGACAUUGAACAGUACCAGUACCUUUACAAGGCUAUGCUUAGUCUGGUGAGCACUAAAGAGAACGGAGCCGGUCCUGUGUCCAUAGAGCGAAACGGCAGCAUGGCCCUGUCAGACGAAUCGGACCCUGCCGAGAGCAUGGAGUCUCUCGUCUGAAGCCCUCACUCUUACACACACGCACACACAUACACACACACGCACACAUUCACACGUGCCAGGAGGCACUUACCUUACUUUGUAAAACUUCAAGAACUAAGACAGACUUUUUUUCUGAGGCCUUUUUUGCCAGAACUCUUGGUUAAACGAAUAACCCGAUUACUUUUUUACACUGAUAAAAAGUUUUUUGAUAUUUAUUUUUUUUCCUCGCCAUUUUAUGUCUUAAUGUUAUCCUACUGAACAUUUGCACCUCGGUUUUUUGAGUUCACAACGACGAACGAAACACUUCUGUCUAGUUUGCACUAUAAAAAUAUCAGUGUUACUGCCUACUUCAGUCCUACGCUCUCUAUUUUUUAUUCUUAUUUUUUUCUUUUAAUUAUUCUUUUCAUCGCCACCAGAUUUCUUUUGACAUUCCAUCAUGAAGAUCCACUUCGACAGCUGGGAAAUAAUAGUGAAAAGAUUUCAAGUUUCAAGACUCCCACUCUCGUAUCAAAUCAAAAUUCUGACAAAGGACAACGGAUCAUUAACAUCCGGAGUUAUCGGCGAGCAAUAUUGGAUUUCUGCGCUCCAUAAAGAAUGAUUUUUUUUUUUUUUAGCGUUAUGCAUCUACAAAGUCUGUUAGACUCUUUAACUUUCCACAGGUGGUAUUAAAACAUCUACUGUGAACUUUAUUCAUGUUUUUUUUAUGAUUCAUAUUAUGCUUUUAAUCUAUAUAUGAAUAUAUCGUAUCUCAUUAUAACUUGUGGUUUUGUAAAAAAGGAAAGAAAAAAAAAAGUUAACCGUCAUAAGCAACUGGUUCCUUGCAGGCUUGGUUUAAUGGUUUUUGCCUCACGCUUCGCAAUAGCAGUCCAUGUCCUCUCUAGCACCCCCUGCUGUUUUUUUCUUUUGUUUGUUUUUUGUUUUCUGCAGACUGUUGCUGCUAAAUGAUCUGAUUUUAUUUGAAUGAGAAAAUCCUCAUCAUCCUCGCUUUCCCUUUGCUUAUUCAGUUAUUCAUUCAGUUUUUCUGCGCAUCGGUCUGGUCUCGAUGCCUUUUUGUAAAGUCCGAUCUCAUCGCAGCAGGUGUGAUGUAAGAGUGUGUGUCAAGUGUGGUGCUCAAUCAAUUUACACAACCUAUACUUCUAUCUAUCUAUCUAUCUAUCUAUCUAUAUAUAUAUAUAUAUAUAUAUAUAUAUAUAUAUAUAUAUAUAUAUCUGUAUAUAUAUAUAUAUAUAUAUAUAUAUAUAUAAAUAUUCGAAAUGCAGACUGUACACAGUCCACGUUGCUCACGUCCUGCCUCCGUGUCUCACAGUUUGCUUCUUAUCACUUAUUUCAUAAACAUCAAGAGCAGGAGUGUGUGUGGACAGUGUGUAUCAUGUCACACAGCAGCACAAUGAUGGCCUUGUUGACACACCAGUUACCCGACACUUGCACGAGGAACAUUUGAUUUGUCAAGUUUUACCAAAGACUUCAACUCAGCAUCUCGUUUCCAUAGUAACGAAUUUGCUACGUUUGUUUCAGUGUCAAAUAGUGCAGAAUGGUGUGUUUGUGUGUGUAUGAGAAAGAGAGAGAGAGAGAGAGAGAGAGAAUUUCAUGAGGCUGAGGUCUUGGUUCAUUUAGCACUUUGCCAAUUUUAAGAAAAAUGAUCACCAGAUAUAGUUUUUUUUUUUUGGUGAAAACGUUUAAUUAUUUCUACUUUUGCGAUGGCAAGCUUAAGACUUUGAAUCCACAUCAUUAAAAAGCACUGAGAUUGUUAAUUUUGUGUCCUUUCCAAAGAAGAAGAAAAAAAAACUACAACGCAUUAAUGACACCUUGACUUUAUAUUGCCGUUUAUUUUCCAUGCCCCUUUUUUCCCCUUGUACAUCUUCUUGUUCAGCCCGAGUGUCAAGCCGUUGCUUAUAUGCUGCAAAUUAAACUGAAAUUUUUAUCUUUAUCCUCCUUUUUUUUUUAUUUUUAUGUACAUAUUUUUUCUUCUCUGUCCAUCACAUUUUCUUCACAUUAUCCCCUGUGUAUGUUUAUAGAAUUUUAUUUUCAUAUCAAGCCGUCUCAGAAUCUCAGUCUCUGGAUGUUUUGUGCAAAAAAAAAACAAGAAGUGUAAAAAGAGAGAGAGAGAGAGUGUAACUCAGUGGUUGAUUGACAAAGUGAUCGAUAUCUCAUGCCUCAUAUACCACAAGGUUUUUGUCGAUUAAUUUUUUCAUUUCUUUAAACAAAAUUGUAAUUUUUGUUUGUUUGUUUCUUUAAUUCUGAGGGUGUCCUAGGCAAGCUCCACUGAUUAUGUUUCCCUCUUUCACUUCUGUAAUGCAGGUGGGUGUUGAUCAACAUCAUAUACCCUAGUUUUGUCACCUGGAAUACCACAAUGCGAAAGGAAAAAAAUGUGUUUUUCUUGUUUUGUUGAAAGCUAUAUCAAAGCAUUCUAUUAUAGUGUUAUUUAAUAUGUAAAUUGUAUUGCUAUACAUAAAAUAAAAUAUGGGUUUUGAUGUA